GAAUCCUAUCUCGCCUCUCAUUCUUCAACCGAACUCCCUCAAAUAACUCUUGCCCGAUUCUUUCUCAUUGGGUUCACCGUCUCUUGAAAGCUACAAUUUUUCGUCCCAUCUUCAUAAUCAAUGGCACCAAAGGCCGAGAAAAAGCCGGUGGCGGAGAAAGCCCCAGCAACACCGGCAGAGAAAAGGCCAAAGGCGGAGAAAAAGAUCUCAAAAGAGGGCGGAGAAAAGAAAAAGAAGAAGAUUAAGAAAAGCACAGAGACGUACAAGAUUUACAUUUUCAAGGUAUUGAAACAGGUUCAUCCUGAUAUUGGGAUCUCAAGCAAAGCCAUGGGGAUUAUGAACAGUUUCAUCAACGAUAUCUUUGAGAAACUGGCUCAGGAGGCUUCGAGAUUGGCUAGAUACAAUAAGAAGCCGACGAUUACGUCGAGGGAGAUCCAGACGGCGGUUAGAUUGGUCUUGCCUGGUGAAUUGGCCAAACACGCUGUCUCUGAAGGAACCAAGGCGGUUACCAAGUUUACCAGUUCUUAGAUUUGUUGGUUUGGUUCAGAUCGGAAUCCAAUUGGUGAAUUCAGUUUCUGAUUUUAUUUUAUUUUAUUUUUUAAAAAAUAAUGCUUUAACGUUCUAGCUGUAAUGGAUAGAAAAAUGGAAAUGGGUUCAACUUUUUUUAAU